AAGAAUAUAUUCCACCCUUUUUCAGAGGUACACACCUGCACACUCCCAAGUGUGGAAUUCUUGACCCUCUCAUUGUCAGUGUACAUAAUAGACUUACUGGAAGGAAGACUGAUCAUCAUUGGUACCAGCAAUGAAGGUUUCGGCUGAGUGGAAGCGAAGGGUCAAGUGUGAAUUGGCACGGAUACAACAGCAACAACGAAUUCGCAGAGCAGAUAUUCUGAAAGCUUCUUGGCAGAAGAAUUUGCAGCAUCAUUUUGAUGAAGUUUUGGAGGAGCAGAAGAAAUGGGAAAAGAGCAAUGUGGAAUGGCCGAGGCUGGGGAAUUCCGGAGGGAGCGAGAAAGAAGAAGGUGAAGGAAGGCUCGCUGCUUUCGAGAUCCCCGAUGAACCUCACAUGGACUUCACGCCUUUGAUCGUCAUGAAGCAGAUCAAUCCCAUGCCGACCAUGCUACCUCGAGGGUGGGGAGAGGCUUUGGCAUGCGAGCCGGGGGACAUCGGUUCCUUUCGCAUCGUCGCGAAGACGUCACGCGGCUUCCUCGUCGUCGAGGACGAGACGGUCCUCCACAACAUCCCCUACAUGGGCGACGAGGUCCUGGAGCAAGACGGCAGCUUCAUCGAGGAGCUGCUGAAGAACUACGACGGUCAGGUCCACGGGAACCAGGACGGAGGAUUCAUGGACGACGACAUGUUCGUGGAACUGGUGGAAUCCCUCCUCCGCCAAGCCGAGGACGCGAACGAGAAGGAUUCCAUCGUCUUUCACGCCAUCUCCACGCUCUUCCCCGACAAGGGCUCACCGGAUGCUCUCAAGGCGAAAUACAGAGAAUUGACUCAGAGGGGAGGAGAACCGGGGGUGUUACCUCCCGAAUGCACGACCAACAUCGACGGCCCCCACGCGAGACGCGUGUCCAGGGAGCAGAGCCUUCAUUCCUUCAACACGCUCUUCUGCAGACGCUGCUUCAAAUACGACUGCUGUCUCCAUCGUCUGAAGAUGUUCCACUUGGGUCCAAAGGGUCAAAAAUGCAAAGCACCUGAUGUUAAGGUUGGGAUGCAAUGUGGCCCAGACUGCUACCUUCUCUCAGAGAAGAGAAGAGGGGAAGCAGAAGUAACACGAAAUGGAGAAGUUGCAAAACAUGAUGGUUACACCCUUCCACCUUCACCAUCGUCUACACCACCUCAAUCUACUUCGUUACCUAUUGCUCAUAAAGCCGGCGAGGAAAGGAAAGCCGAAGCACGGCUCCAACUGCAGAACCCUGUAUGGACUGGAGCAGACAAGAGCCUCUUCCAUGUCCUUCGGAAGAUCUUCCUUAACGAUUACUGUGCCAUUGCCGAGAUCCUGGUGACGAAGACCUGUCGAGAGGUGCACGAGUUUGGCCAAAGCACUCCGGAAAAGGUGGCCGAGGAUGCAACCUCACAGUGCGAAGAGGCUCCUCCUCGCAAGAAGAAGAAGAAGCAUCGUCUCUGGUCCAUGCACUGUCGAAAGAUUCAGCUGAAGAAGGACUCCACAUCCAACCCCGUCAACAACUACGUCCCGUGCAAGCACCCGGGUCUCCCGUGCGACAUGACCUGCACCUGCGUCCAAGCACAGAACUUCUGCGAGAAGUUCUGUCAGUGCCCUUCUGACUGUCAGAAUCGGUUCCCAGGUUGUCGAUGCAAGGCACAGUGCAACACGAAGCAGUGUCCCUGCUUCCUUGCCGUGAGGGAGUGUGACCCAGAUAUGUGCACUGCAUGUGGGGCCCAUGAAUUCCAACUCCCCAACAUCUCCUGCAGGAAUGUCUCUGUCCAACGUGGACUCCAUAAACAUUUGCUGAUGGCACCAUCUGAUGUGGCGGGCUGGGGCAUCUUCCUCGAAGGCACUGCUCAAAAGAAUGAGUUCAUCUCUGAAUACUGUGGAGAAGUCAUCACCCAAGAUGAAGCUGAUAGGAGGGGGAAAGUCUAUGACAAGUAUAUGUGCUCCUUCCUCUUCAACCUCAACAAUGACUUUGUGGUGGAUGCCACACGGAAGGGAAACAAGAUCCGUUUUGCCAACCACAGCAUCAAUCCCAACUGCUAUGCCAAGGUCAUGAUGGUCAAUGGAGAUCAUCGCAUUGGAAUCUUUGCCAAAAGACCCAUCCAUAGUGGAGAGGAACUCUUCUUUGACUAUCGUUAUGGACCGACCGAGCAGCUGAAGUUUGUCGGUAUCGAGCGGGAGAUGGAGAUCCUCUGAACUCGUGUCACGUUUCAAUACUCUGCUUCAAUCAAGUGAAUAAAGCAAUUUCCAUCUUUCCUUUUUUUAUA